UAUGUCGUGCCUCGGGCUGAGGGUGAUUCAGAGGCAGGUGCCUGUGACAGUGGAUGCAAUUAGAUCUAAUGGGACGGAGGCCUUUCUUGUAGCCCUCGCUCCGUGCCCACCCCCGCCUCCCUCAGGCGCAGCAGGCGGGGAGAGGAUGUGCAGGAGGUAGGAGGUGGGGGACCCAGAGGGGCUUUGACGUCAGCCUGGCCUUUAAGAGGCCGUCCGCUCAGCGAGGGCUGUGAAGACAGAGCCCGGGACCACCAAGCUGCACUAUGCCCACCCCCAGCGCCUCCUCACCACAGCCCAAGGGCUUCAGAAGAGCCGUCUCAGAGCAGGAUGCCAAGCAGGUCGAGGCCAUCAUGUCCCCAAGGUUCAUCGGGCGGCGGCAGAGUCUCAUCGAGGAUGCUCGGAAGGAGAGGGAGGCGGCGGCCGCAGCAGCAGCAGCAGCAGCAGCAGCAGCAGUAGCCUCCUCAGAACCCGGGAACCCCCUGGAAUCUGUGGUAUUUGAGGAGCAGGAUGGGAUGGCUGUUCUCAACCUGCUCUUCUCCCUGAAGGGUACAAAACCCUCUUCACUGUCCCGGGCUGUCAAAGUAUUUGAGACAUUUGAAGCCAAAAUCCACCACUUAGAGACCCGGCCUGCCCAGAGGCCCCUGGCCGGAAGUCCCCACCUGGAGUACUUCGUGCGCUUUGAGGUGCCCAGCGGAGACCUGGCUGCCCUCCUCAGCUCUGUACGGCGGGUGUCUGAUGAUGUGCGGAGUGCCAGGGAGGACAAGGUCCCCUGGUUCCCAAGGAAAGUGUCAGAACUGGACAAGUGCCACCACCUGGUCACCAAAUUUGACCCUGACCUGGACCUGGACCAUCCGGGCUUCUCUGAUCAAGUGUACCGCCAGCGCCGGAAGCUGAUCGCAGAGAUUGCCUUCCAGUACAAGCAGGGUGAACCAAUUCCCCAUGUGGAGUACACUGCGGAGGAAAUCGCUACCUGGAAGGAGGUCUAUGCUACACUGAAGGGUCUCUAUGCUACCCACGCCUGCCGGGAGCAUCUGGAGGCGUUCCAGCUUCUGGAACGGUACUGCGGCUACCGAGAGGACAGCAUCCCGCAGCUGGAGGACGUGUCCCGCUUCUUGAAGGAGCGGACCGGUUUCCAGCUGCGACCUGUGGCCGGUCUACUGUCUGCCCGCGAUUUUCUGGCCAGCCUGGCCUUCCGUGUGUUUCAAUGCACACAGUACAUCCGCCACGCCUCCUCACCCAUGCACUCACCUGAGCCGGACUGCUGCCACGAGCUGUUGGGACAUGUACCAAUGUUGGCUGAUCGCACAUUUGCCCAGUUUUCCCAGGACAUUGGACUUGCAUCUCUGGGGGCCUCGGAUGAAGAAAUUGAGAAACUCUCUACGGUGUACUGGUUCACUGUGGAGUUUGGGCUGUGCAAACAGAACGGGGAGCUGAAGGCUUAUGGUGCCGGAUUGUUGUCCUCCUAUGGAGAGCUCCUGCACUCCCUGUCAGAGGAGCCCGAGGUCCGGGCCUUCGACCCAGAUGCAGCGGCUGUGCAGCCCUACCAAGACCAGACCUACCAGCCGGUGUACUUUGUGUCCGAGAGCUUCAGUGAUGCCAAGGACAAGCUCAGGAACUAUGCCUCCCGUAUCCAGCGCCCAUUCUCUGUGAAGUUUGACCCAUACACACUGGCCAUUGAUGUUCUGGACAAUCCCCACACCAUCCGGCGCUCCUUGGAGGGGGUCCAGGAUGAGCUGCACACCCUGACCCAUGCACUGAGUGUCAUUAGCUAAAGGCACAGGGUACCACCCACAGGUACCAAGGGUUUCCCCCCCGCAAAGUCUCCAGCCCCUUCUUCAACCUUCCCCAGCCCAGAGACUUUCCCUUGUGUGCAGCUGGGUCAUGGGUACCCCUAGAAUCUGCUUGUGCCCUUUGAUGCCCCCCCCCCCCACGGAACCUCACUGCUUCUCAGUCCUGUGUCUUACUACUGCAUGCACUCCAGGGUGAUCCUGCUCUGUCCCCUGCCCUCCAUGCUGUACACCACC